UUCUGGGCGUGUAUCAGCUCAGGUUUGAAUGGAGACGGAAAUAUGUGAGUUUCUCUGAAGAAAAAAAGAAAAAACACGGACGCAAAGUAAAGCCCGCAGGGCAGGGAACAUUUCACCUUCACACAUCCAGAGCGAUUAAACUACAAGAAGAGGAUUUAUUCACCUGCAAACUGUCUGUCCUCUCCUCUCCGUCAGCCUCCAAGAUAGAUUCUCUCAGGAGUAAAGUGGAACUGCUGAAGCUUCCCUUGUCUCUGUCGUCCAAAUCCAUCUCAGAGCGCAAGACUCGGCUGGGCGGAGCCACAGAGCGCUCCAGGGGCGGAGCUGGGGCCCACAAACCCCGCCCACCGGCCCCAGACAUGGACAACGAGUCGCAGUACUCGGGCUACUCCUACAAGUCUUCACAUUCACGCAGCUCUCGCAAACACAGGGACCGCAGAGACCGGCAUCGCUCCAAGAGCAGAGACAGCAGCAGCAGAGGAGACAAGUCUGUGACCAUCCAGGCCCCCGGAGAGCCACUGCUGGACGCCGAGAGCACGCGCGGAGAUGAGCGGGAUGAUAACUGGGGCGAGACCACCACGGUGGUGACGGGGACGUCGGAGCACAGCGUGUCUAACGAGGACCUGACGCGGGCAUCUAAGGAGCUGGAGGACUCGUCUCCGCUGGAGUGCCGUCGGUUCGCGGGGCCGGUCCUGAGCGGUGUUCUGGGUGUGUUUGCGCUCCUGACGCCCCUGGCCUUCCUGCUGCUGCCCCAGCUGCUGUGGCGGGACGCUCUGGAGCCCUGCGGGACCCCGUGCGAGGGCCUGUACGUCUCGCUGGCCUUCAAGCUGCUGGUGCUGCUCAUCUCGUCCUGGGCUCUGUUCCUGCGGCCGCCCCGUGCCACGCUGCCGCGCUUUUACGUCUUCCGCUGCCUGCUGAUGGCGCUGGUCUUCCUCUUCGUGGCCUCGUACUGGCUCUUCUACGGCGUGCGGGUGCUGGAGCCCCGCGAGCGAGACUACAGGGGCAUCGUGGGAUACGCCGUGUCUCUGGUGGACGCGCUGCUGUUCAUCCAGUAUCUGGCGCUCGUGCUGCUGGAGGUCAGGCACCUCAGACCCGCCUUCUGCCUCAAAGUGGUGCGCAGCACUGAUGGAGCCAGCCGCUUCUACAACGUGGGCCACCUCAGUAUCCAGCGAGCAGCGGUGUGGGUUCUGGAUCACUACUACACUGAUUUCCCGGUCUACAAUCCUGCUUUACUCAACCUGCCCAAGUCCAUCCUGUCCAAGAAGAUGUCUGGGUUCAAGGUGUACACUCUGGGAGAAGAGAGCAGCACUAAUAACUCGACGGGUCAGUCUCGAGCGAUGAUCGCCGCCGCCGCACGCAGACGGGACAACUCUCAUAACGAAUAUUACUACGAGGAGGCCGAGAUGGACCGCAGGGUCCGGAAACGCAAGGCCAGGCUGGUGGUGGCAGUAGAGGAGGCCUUCACGCACAUCAAGAGGCUCCAGGAGGACGAGGCGGCGGCGUCACCCAAACAUCCGCGUGAGGUGAUGGACCCUCGAGAGGCGGCCCAGGCCAUCUUCGCCCCCAUGGCUCGAGCCAUGCAGAAGUACCUGCGCACCACGCGCCAGCAGCCCUACCACAGCAUGGAGAGCAUCAUCACACACCUGCAGUUCUGCAUCACGCACAACAUGACGCCCAAGGCGUUUCUGGAGCGUUACCUGGCCCCGGGCCCCACCAUGCAGUACCAGCGAGAGAACGGCAGCAGGGGGCGCCAGUGGACUCUGGUGAGCGAGGAGCCCGUGACCUCAGCGCUGCGGCAGGGACUGGUGUUCUCCCUCCGCCGCCUCGACUUCGCUCUGGUGGUCACGGUGACGCCCCUCCCCUUCCUCUCCCUGGGGGAGGAGUUUAUCGACCCCAAGAGCCACAAGUUCGUGAUGCGGCUCCAGUCAGAGACCUCAGUGUGAGAGAACCACAAGAGACUCCGUUACAAGGACACAACCACUCUUUUUUGUCUUUUAGAUAUCACUUUUAUGACUUCUUUACACUACAUGAACUAUUUUGAUCUAGAGACUGUCUGGACUGACUAACUCUUCUGCAUUUCAGCUGUGAAUAUAACACGUGGCACGAUCAAACACACUUUCACACACCAGUGCUGCACGAUACAGAUGAUUUACCAGAAGUUCCAGGUGUCAUGAUAACACUACACACACAUUCACACUUCAAAACCCGUGAAAUAUUCAUUGAGAAGCGAUUGUAGCUGAGGGUUCAAGUGCUUUAAUUUGUCAGAAAAAGCACACGAGAAGCAUGUUUGUAACUCUGUAUGUCGUGAAUGUUUUUAAGACGUCGUAUGUAUCACGUUUGCAGUACUUUAUUCUUCACUUUAAUGAAUCGAGGGGCCUUUUAUAUCAUUCGUUUACAUUGUGUUUUAACACACCAGCAAAACCAAUGACUUAUGUUUUUAUCUGUAGCGUUUGGUUUGUGCGUCUGUCAUACGUGACCAAUCAAAUGUGAUCUUUACAUGAAAUGCAAAAACAUGAAUGUGUGCCAAAUGCGGUAACAGUGCCUCGGCGUACACACACACACACACACAGAUCUCAGUCUGAUCUCUAGCUGGUUUAAGGACAGUGAAUUAACUAGUCCUUCUCAUGUCUCUAACCCUAGCUUUGACUCAUUGUAGUUUGCCCCCUUCACCUUCUGUACAUAACUCAAUCUUCUUUAAUACGCUCGUGUACGUCAGUGAAAGAGGGAUUUGAAAUGAUGUAGGUAGUUAUGAAUUAUCAUUUUUAGGCCUGAUGCAUGUAGGCGAUGCAGGUUUGUACUUUUAUCAGUUUUGUAUGGAUGUUAAGCUAAUCUUUUAACUUUUCCCUUUAAAAAAAAUGGUUUGUUGUAAAGAGAUUUGUAGGUUUCUGGUUAUUGUGCGAAGACAUUUUUUGGCGAUUCAUAAUUUUAGAACUAAACAUGUUGCAGCAUUUUAUUUUACAUUUUUUAAUAAAUGAUCAACUCUA